GGAUGGCCACUGACAAGGCCCCCACUUUCUCUAAUGGACAACGCCACGAAUUCGUAUGCGCCGGCAGGCGAUGCCUCCAACGCUCUUGUCGAGAAGUCCUUCCUGGAUGGGUACGCGCUGGGAGCUGUAAGCUACGGCAUUCUUGUCAUCCUGACAUGGCAAACCCUGUACUCGUUCCUCAGUCUCCCGCGCACCAGAAUGCCGUGGGGCCUCGUCCUCUGCGCAUGCGGCAUCUUCACGCUGGCAACAAUCGGCUUUGGGAGCGCUACCAAGAUCAACGAGGAGGCGUUUAUCGAUGACCGCGCAGCGCCGGGCGGCCCGAGCGGCUUCGAAGUUAGUUCGUUUGCCUCGGGGGUGAAUAUGAUGGGGGUUAUCGCGUAUGUCGUGCUGAGCUGGCUCGCAGACGGUUUGGUGCUGUGGCGCUUCUGGCUCAUCUGGGGAUCCAACUACACAUACGCUGUCUUCCCAGCGCUGAUGCUUCUGGGCUCGAUAGUGUCCUCCCUUGCGCUCAUCGUCGCCUCUUUUCAACUCGCCGACUCCUUCUGGGCAGCACGCUCCGUCCAAUUCGGCACUGCCUACUGGUCACUCUCUAUUGCGCUCAACGUGCUCCUCACGCUGCUCAUCACCGGCCGCAUUCUCCUCAUCCGCCGCCGCAUCAAGCGCUCGCUCGGCCCACGCGGGCAACCAGUUAUCCGUCUCGCGCCGCGUCAGCUCCCAAUCCAAUGCCCAACUCCAUCCCGCCGAUAA